AUGCCUCUCCAGUCCACUCAGUCGGGCAGGGGCUUCGGCUCCAACAAGGCCGUGGGCACGCAGUCGGAUGGGAAGUCGUUUGAGGAUCUGAGGCACGAAUGUCUGAAGAAUGGCGUCCUGUUUGAGGAUCAAGACUUCCCCGCUGUCGACUCCUCGCUCUACUUCAGCCAGAGUGUGCCUGUCAAUAUUGAAUGGAAGAGGCCCAAGGAGAUCUGCGACAACCCAAAGUUCAUUGUCGGCGAUGCAAACCGGACAGACAUUUGCCAGGGACAGCUGGGGGACUGCUGGCUCCUCGCAGCCAUCGCGUCCUUGACCCUCAAAAAAGACACCAUGGCCCGAGUCAUCCCCCACGACCAGGACUUCGACCGCAGAUACGCCGGCAUCUUUCACUUCCAGUUCUGGCAUCACAACAAAUGGCUGGACGUGGUGGUGGACGACAGGCUGCCGACCGUCAGAGACAAACUCAUCAUGCUUCACUCCGCCUCCAACAACGAGUUCUGGAGCGCCCUGCUGGAGAAAGCCUACGCCAAACUGCACGGCAGCUACGAGUCGCUGAAGGGCGGCAGCACGAUGGAGGCCAUGGAGGAUUUUACCGGCGGUGUCGGGGAAAUCUACGAAACCAAGAAAGCGCCAGACAAUCUGUUCUCAAUCAUGAGGAAGGCGAUGGACAGAGGCUCCAUGAUGGGAUGCUCCAUUGAUAUCACCAGCUCUGCAGAGUCUGAGGCGAAGACGGCCACCGGCCUGGUGAAGGGACACGCGUACUCCAUCACAGCCCUGGAGGAGGUGACCGUCAGAGGUCAGAAGGUCCAGCUGAUCCGGGUCAGAAACCCCUGGGGUCAGGUCGAGUGGAACGGCCCCUGGAGCGACAAGUCCAGAGAGUGGAAUUAUGUCAGCGAAGCAGAAAAAACUCGCAUCCUGCAGAACUCAACAGAUGACGGUGAAUUCUGGAUGGAGUUUGACGACUUCAAGAAGAACUACGACAAAGUGGAGAUCUGCAACAUGACCCCCGACUCCCUGACCGACGACACGAAGCGCCACUGGGAGGUCAACAUGUUUGAGGGGAACUGGAUCCGCGGCUCCACCGCUGGAGGCUGCAGGAACUUCAUCGACACCUUCUGGACCAACCCGCAGUUCAAGCUGCAGCUGGAAGACGCCGAUGACGAUGACGACGUGUGCAGCGUGAUGAUCGCUGUGAUGCAGAAGAACAGGCGGAAGCUGAGGAAGGAAGGCAUGGACAUGGAGACCAUCGGCUUUGCAUUGUACGAGGCUCCAGACGACGACGAGCAAGCGGGAAAAGAUUUCUUCCGCUACAACGGGUCCAAAGCUCGCAGCCGGACCUACAUCAACAUGCGGGAGAUAUCGGAGCGCUUCACGCUGCCUCCUGGGAAAUACCUGCUGGUGCCCACCACCUUCCAGCCCCACCACGAGGCCGACUUCAUCGUCAGGAUAUUCUCUGAGAAGAAGACCGGAGCUCUGGAGAUGGGGAGCAACGUGGGCGCCGACCUGCCAGAUCCGCCCAUGCCCUCCGACCCAGACGAGGAGACCGACGAGGAGAAAGGCCUGAGGAGGCUGUUUGAGAAGCUGGCUGGUGCGGACGAGGCCAUCUCUGUCCGAGAGCUGCAGCAGAUGCUGAACGGCGUUCUCAGCAGAC